AUGGAUAACCACCCCCAACCCUCAGCCUCCCCUGGCUCCUCGAAUCUUCCUUCCGGGGAAGAUAUCACUGACUUCAUUAACGAGCCCACUGAUGCCAAUGAGUCUGCUGGUGCCAACCAGUCCACCGGAGUCAACCAACCCACUGGUACUGAUGACUCUGCCGGCGGCAAUGAUCCUGUCGAGCCUGGACCCUCAAAUUGGUCCCAUCAACCCAGCCUUGAAAUUCUCCAGGCGCACCUGGCAGCUGACGAUAAUCCUGAUUCUGACUCUAGCGAGCCACCUGUGCAUCCCGAUUUCUAUAUCCAUCUAGCCAGAUUGCAAAGAAUCAACGAAGCCAAUCGAGUCAAUGCGCGCAGAGAAGCCGAAGCUCAGCAUCAAGCUCAUCAAGCUUCUUUGGCACUCUAUGACACCCAGCAUCAAGCUUCUCCCAUGUUCAAUGACCCCCAGCGUGGAAGCUCGCAGCUUGCUAACGACCCCAGCCAAUCCUUGUACGAUGCCAGUGCCGAACGUCGAUUGCAGCCAUCCCCAAUGGACAUGCCUGAGCGAUAUGAAACCCAGCCUUCCACUGAAGCCGGUCUAUCCGAGCCAAUCCCACAUGAUCGUUACGAGACACCUGAUCCCACAGGUUCUGUUCAUCAUCCCCAAGAUCUUUCUUCUCACCACCAACCUCCGUCUCCCUACCCAAUGGCAGCUGGUCACCAAGCUUCUGCUGGUCCAAGCACUUUGGGAAAUCCUCCUACGACAGCACCUCAGCGACCCCGGUACACCGAAUAUGGUAACCCUUACACACUCGCACGCGAGCCAGAUCUGGUGCCUGAAGGUGCCAUUCCUUAUUCCCAAGACCGCAUCCUUCAAGCCUGGCUCAUUCGACAGCAGCUUAUUGCCGGCAUUCGCCCUGAAAAUCUUCAGCCCAUGUCCAACCCACGCAGCCUGAACAGCAGAACGCCUCCUUGGAUCGUGAUCAAUGACAGUGGUGCCCAUAUCAUAAGAAUGCGGCCUGCCAGAUUCCACGGUGUCAUGCUUCCUAUGCCCGACCUUCCUUGGUUCCCGCGGCGCGCAAACCCCAAUUCAUCCACCGCGCCUGCUUCGUCAACUGCUCCUGGUGCUUCGAGUUUGCCCGCUACUUCAAACAUCCAGACUGCUCCAAGUUCUGGUACUACUCAAAACUUGCCGGUUGGCCCUGACUUGUCGGCUGCCCCAAGUUCACCCGCUGCAAACUCGCCGGUUGGCCCAAAUAUUUCGGCUGCCCAAAAUACACCGGUUGACACAGAUUUGCCCACCGCCACUGACUUGCCGGUUGCUCAACCGGUUCGAGCUGCUGCAAACCCUCUGGCUGUCCAGCCAGUUACUCCACACGUGUCUGGUGGCCUAGGGGCCUCGGCUCCUCCAAACUCCCCGGUGGGCACACUCCCACAAGUCCCCAUGGCUGCCCUCCAGUCACAGAUCCGGGCGGCCCUGACCGGGCAAAACCGAACUGAUACUGAAUCUAUCAGUUCGCAGGAGACCCCUGGGGCCGGGGCACCUCCUGCUAGUUCUCCCGGGGCCGCCCAUGGCAAUGGGGCCUCCAAUGGGAACGGGGCUAUGCCCCACGGAAUCAUCUGGGAGGAGCCCGAGGAGGACUCGGAGGACUCUGAGGGGCCUGUGUCGCCCCAUCUCCGUCGUUUCCUUCUCGACGGUGGGGAUGAUCAAUCCUCCUUGUGA